AUGGAUGAUUUCUUAAAGGACCUCGAUAAAGCAACUCGUGUAAAGAAUCAGCUGAAUAUAGACCUUGCAGAAAGAGACCGCAAGCUUCUAAAUGGAGAAGUCACUUCUAGGCUAGAUGCAAAACUACGAGGUGGCCUACAGGAGCUCGCUGUCGAUAUAGAUGGCCUGAUUCGCAUGAUUGAAGCUUACAAAGCAGAACCCUCCCGUUACAAGCUAAAUAACGCAGAUAUCGAUAAAAGAAAAGCCCAAGUCGCUGAACUUGAAAGAGAGCUCGCCAAAAUUGACGAAAAAACCAGGCAAGGCACAAAAAUAGUCCAGGCAGGAGUUGGCGUAAAUUUUAAACGAGAUGGCAGCUCGGAAACUACGGACACAAGAAACCUCAGCAACAAGGACUUGAGAUCAGCCCAGUCACAAAUGAUCAAAAACCAAAGUGCUCUAGAAGAUGCAAUUGUGGGUACCAGCGAAAAUCUUGUGGUGGCUGCAAAAAAUAUCGGAGACGAGCUUGACGUCCACGCACAGCUGCUUGAUGAUGUGGACAAAAACGUCGACCACAACCAAUUGAAAAUUAACAACUCUACUGCUAGAAUGAAAGAAUUGAUCAUAAAAUCAGCUGAUGGGUUCAUGUUUUGCUGCAUAGUCAUUUUGAUUGCUUUAUUGAUUGUUAUUCUAGUAGCUCUCUAA